GAAGCUGCAGUAGAUAUUUUGGAUAUGUCCACACAGUAGAGGAAGCAAUGACAGUUAUGAAGCAAUACAAGUUGGAUACAACAACUCGAUUCUCAUGCUUCAAAUCAAGUAAGGACUUUGGAUCCACAGGUAAAGAAGAGUUUGCUUAUUAUCAAAUACAGUUCAACUAAACUCAACUUAAGUUAGGCCUUGUGGAUAUGCCGACCUCUGAGUGUGAGGAGUUUAGCCCACGUACAAGGUCUCGUCAUAUAAAUGAAUAUAGAAUAUCAGACAAUUAUUAUUUGUAUUAAAGAUGUUGUAAGUCCGUAAUGUAAACAAACGCGCGAACUGCUAUAUAUUUGUAAAAUAUGAUAUACUGAAUAUCUGACACUUUUCUGGUUCGCUAUGCUUGUAAAUGAAUAUGAACUAGACGUUUCAAUUCAAAACAGUUCGAAAGAUGCAAAAUUUGUGCAAUGAUUGCAAUCUGCGGGUCCCUCUUUGUUAUGAGCAGAACGGACUUUACAGAUCUUUAAUAUAAUUAUUUUCUUCAUACAUUAUUUUCAGGUGUUUAUAUUCUGCACAUCGGUUCAUAACUAUUGUCCUUAUACCAGGGGUGAUGACAAGAAAGAACUAGGGGCCUACAACUACCCCCUGUUGGGGAAGUCUGACCCCCCCCCCUCUCUAAGAAAAAUACGCAUUUUGUAAAGGAAUAAACUAAGCUUCCCCGUGGAAAAUUACCCACAAAAAGCAGGAAAUUGUGGUUGAAACCUAACACACCCUAGCCUGGUUGUAGCAAAAAUAUUUAUACCUAGCCCCCCUGUUGGGAAAGCUAGCCCAUUGACAUAUAUUCAUCUGGACUGCCUGCUUGUAUGCUUUUUGACCCGAGGCUACCGUUAUGACUUGAAGAUCACGAAUGCUGACGAAUACAAGUAAAACAGCACUGCUGGCGCAAGCAAAAUUCUUUCAGGAUAGAUACAUAUACAGAGUUAUAACUAUUGUGACCACUCUUUUGUGCGCAUGCUCGGCAAGUUUCUAGAGGCAUGCAUCCCAUUGGAUGACGGCUUGCUUUAACUGCUCGCGGAAGUUGCUGAGCACACGCAGUUGAUCAUUUUUUGCCCGGUCGCCUGAAAAAAGUGGGUACAUGAAGACGUAAGUUUCCGCAGUGUUUACGACGGCCAGUUGCAGCUCUGUAUGUAUCUACUCUGUGCCAGUGAACUCUAGGUGAACAUUUAGUUCAACAUGUUUACAUAGAGUUCACUGGCUCUGACUCCAUGAGCAAUCACUCUGAUAAUCGCAAGAUCAUAAGAGCAAGCAUUCUCAGCAGUCAAUGAGCUAGCCCCCUUGUCAAGGUACUCCCAGUGCCACCCUUGGCCCUUACUUAAUAAGAUUAUCAAUAUCAUUUAUUACAUUUUUUUCAAUUUUAAUAUGUAUUAUUUACAAAGAAACUGAAAUGUACAAGAUUACGUAUUGCUACGUUUAGACGGUACUGGACGAAAUUUGGAACCGGCUGAACUUUGUCCUUUUUUCGCUUGUUUACACGCGAAUUCGACCUGUUAUAGGGGGUCUCAAAGUCGUCCGUCAACGUAGCCUAUUGACCCGUGAAAAAGGGCUUUGUUAAAUGAUUGUCUAAAUUAUAUAGAUCCAUUCAGCAAGCCAAGGAAGGUUUACUUCAAAGACACCAGCAUUUCUUUUGAUGGAACUCCUUUCUACAUCAUUGGUACAAAGGCCUUUGACUGCAAACAUGGUCCAGACCGGAAAAAAAUAUUUAAGUCUAAACUUGAAAAUGCCAAAAAUAAGGUCAGUUAUAGUCAUGUUAAAUACUGUGGAGGUAAAAUAUCUAAAACAUUUUGUCAUAUAAGUUUUACAAAGCUUACAACGAUUGUCAUAUGACCCUUUCCCCGGGCGAUAUUACUGGUGAACGGGAUGUUUUGGAAUAUCAAAUGUGACAGACUUUUUUAAUUUGGAGAAUGAAGACCACGACUGUCCUAAGAGACGGUUUUUGCCACAAAACACUGUCAAGUUUGACUGUCCCGCACAAAUUCGUCUUUCAGAAGUGAUAAAAUUCCCCGAUUAUAAGGUAAAGUUUUAAAAUUAUAUAUAGGUAUAGGAAAAUUCAAAUAAUUUCAAUAUUAUGACAUUGUAUGGUGAAUUUUUUACAAUUAAUUGUAGAUUAGUGAUGAUAAAGAACGCUCCAGAAGGGACAUGUCAAUGAAACUGAAGAUUGACAUAGCUAAAGGUGACCAACCUGCAUAUGAACGAAGGAUUUACAUUCAACUUCCAAAAGAAGACCAGCAUAAAGAUCAUGCUAUUGGAGAGGUUUGUCUGCCACUGUACAUCACACAUGUGCUCCCUUCGUAAAUCGGAUCCUAAUUCAGUGCAACGUCUAUGAAAAAAACGUUAAGUACACUCAAUAGGUAGAAACUCUCACAAUGGACGAUUAACCUUGUAGCUCAGUACGUUAUUGUCCAUGCCGAAUUAGUAUUCCAGUGCCAGAAGUUUCAACUCUUCUGAGUCUAUCGAUAUCAUGCAUAAGCUAUAGGAUAACUUGGAGGAACGUUAUCUAACAAGUGAAAAUACUUUAAAAUUUUAUAGGUUGGCAGUAUUCUUCAGCCCAUUGACAAAUUGCUGACUAAGAAGAUUGAACUUCUUGUUGGUGAAGGCGUGAAAACUGUACAUGAAAUGAAAAGACACCUAAAGAGCUACGUAAAGAACGAGUUAUUUGCAUCGGAGAAACCACCACCAACAACAAACAGGAGAUAUUACCCAACAGACAUGGACAUUAGAAAUUGCAUGUACCGAGCAUCUGUGAAGUUCAUAUUGUCCAAAAUUGAUCAGGAAAACCUUGAGAAGAAUAUUGACGUAUGGCGUGAAAGAUAUCCGGAAGACCGUUUCUUUUUUAGACCCUACACUGUAUCUCCUGAGAAUCCUGCGUUGGAAGAAGGUGAUGGUGAAGUAGAGGCUGAUAUUACUCAAAAUCUACUGUUUAUUCAUCAAACUAUGUGGCAGAAACGUCUUUUAGCUCGAUAUGGUAACAAGAUCAAACUGCUUGACACUACUUACAAAACAAUGCGAUACGAAUUACCACUAUUUUUUAUCGUUGUGAAAACAAAUGUAAAUUAUUUGGUUGUUGGAAGUUGUAUAAUCCAGAGAGAGACAACAGCGUCGAUAGAAGAAGCUCUCGGAAUCUUAAAAUGCUGGAAUCAUUCAUGGGAGCCCAAAUACUUUAUGACUGACUUCUGUCAUGAGGAAAUUAACGCGAUUGAAAAUACUUUCACAGGUAAGAAUAUUUCAUUACAAUACUCCACUGUUUAUUGUUGUAUAGCAUAGAAAAUAAUAUUAGUGUAGAAAAUAAUUGCCAUGCAGUUGUUUAAAACGUCUUAAUAAAAAAAUCCAUGCAAACUAAGUGGGCUGUAGUUUGCCGUGUUGGUUGCAUCGCUACUACCAAUUGACUCUUAGUUAUUUCGCGACCGGGCAUACACUACAAGUUCCUGAUGUCAUGAUCUGAUAGUCGUAUUCUUUAUCGAUAACCCAUUCACUUGGAUGUUUUAGCCAAACUAAAUCAGUUCAUUUGCCUUAUUUUGUCAGACACUACGACCUACAUAUGUGAUUUUCACCGCGAACAAUGUUGGGAGAGGUGGCUUCGCAAAACUGACAAUGGGUUGUCAAAAAGCAGAGAAGAUGUCCUGCUGUUACUUCGCAACGUUGCUAAGUCCACAACGGAAAAAGAGUUUGAAGAGAAUGUGAAACUCUUAAAGAAACAAAACUUUUGGCUGACGAGUCCCGAACUACGAAAGUGGUUUGAAAACACAUGGCUAGUGGAGGCAAAGGUAUACAAUUUUUUGUAGUGUGAUAGAUAUAGUAUUGCUUAUAUUGAAUUAAUAAGAAGCUUAGGGGCUGAUUACAUGAACCGUAAUGUAAUGAAAUUUUAACCCAACUGAUGAAGUAUGGCAAUGAGUUGAAUUGUAAACAUGCAAACUUUAGAGAAGCUUGAAAAUAAUUUAGAGCAUAAUUUUCGGGAAAAAACCCGCUAACUGUACAUCUUUAACUGCAUCUGAUUUAAGCCAUCUGUGAUUUCAUCCAAAUUUCCGUAUACAUCAAAAGCCUGGCUAAAAAUUACCCAUGUAAUCAGCUUCUUAAUCAAUUAAAUUUGUUCCGUCAAAUAGUUUAAAUUAACUGACAUACAACUAUACAUAAUAAUAAUAUACGUGUAAUACUUGCCCAUAACUGUACUUGCUGCUUUAUAUUGGACUUUAUAGUGAUGGGUGUGGGCAUUCAGACAGAACAGGUUCAUGGUCAAUAUUAACACCAACAAUGGGAUAGAACGGCAAAACGAGUUGUUGAAGUACCAAUACCUGAAGCGAAAUACCAACAAAAGACUCAGUGCAAUAACGAUAUUGUUAGAAGAGUUUCUUCCUGAUAAAUGUAACAGGUAAAUAAUAUCCUAUUUUGAAUUCGUCCAGACAGACCAUUGCGAAUCACCAACAACGCACAUGUCAUUAUAUCAUGGAUAUGGACCGUUAAUACGGAGAGAAUUAUUUUCAUUCUUGUAUUGUAGAUAUUUGGAGCUGAACACAAGAUGCAGCGAUCAAUAUCGAUGAUAUAACACCAAUGUCCCAAAAUAUCUGCACAAUAAACCUCGUCAAUUAUUAGAACACUGCAUGAAACGGAUAACAUCAGCGGAAGAAUUUCAACUCUGUGAUAUUAAAGAAGUUGACAACCAGUGUGGAGUGUUUGAAAUAAAGGCACAGUCAAAGGAUCGUUGGUACAAUCUAUCAUUUGGUUCAGGAGAUAUAAUGCCUAAUUGUGAAUGCUUAGAUUUUGGACAAAAUGGUCUGCCAUGUAAUCAUUUUUUCCCAGUGUUCAAUCACUUUCCCUGAGUGGCAAUGGGAUUCUUUACCAAAGAAAUACCGUGAAAAUCCUCACAUCUCCUUAGACCAAGAUUUACUCUUUAGUUGUCCAUUGAAUGACGAACAUAUUGCAUAUGAAGAAACAUCUCGUCAGCCGUUAAAAGAAAUAAAACAAAGCAAGCAAGAAAGUCAGCAACACUCCCGACACAACUGA